AAAAAAAUAGUGCCAGCCGCCACAAUAUAGCUUUUCUUCUUUUAUUCUUAUCGGUGGCACAAAGUUGUUCUUCUCCUCCGUCCAAUUUGUAAGAAAAUCUGCCACCGAUUUUUUAUUAUCUUUUUGGUGUCCUCUUCAUUUAUCUCUCUCGCCAUGGACGCUCAGGGUGAAAAGAAAGAGACAAAACCGGCCGAUGACGGUGCAGCGGCGGGGGCGGUGGCACCAGUUGCCACCAUCCGACCACCGUGCCAAAUGGUCGGGCUGCCAAGUCACGGACUUGUUCAUAAGGGUGGACAUGGACACCGGCCGUUUAUGCCUCCUCCGCAGUUCAUCCCGGAAUUCAUGCAUCAAAUACCAAUGCUCCCAGGAUCAAGAAGCUUUGAAGUGACUUUUAGAUGGAAUUUCGGUGAUGAUUAUGAUGAUGAUUAUGAGUAUAAUCAUAAUCAUCAUGUUCAUCAUUAUCGUCACGGCCGUGGCUUUGGGCGGGCUCCACCUAGUCAUGGACCAUUUAGGCAUGUCGGACCACCACCAACGGCGGCAAGGUACGUAGCUCCGUUGCUCAUGUCCGCCAUGUACCAACAAUAUGGACCACCGGAUCCAUGCUUGUACCAGGAUAGUUUUGACUGCAAUUAUCCUUAUGAUAUGUCUCAUCCGGCGGCUGAUUUCGGUGGACGUUUUUAUUAUUAGAAGUUGUAGAGACGCACUUAUGGAGAUUUUGGAUUCUUUUCUUUCCGU